UCCCCAUAAGUUCUCGUUUCUUCUUCGUCAACUUCAUCUUUCUUCCCAAACCCAACGCACAUUACCAUAUUACAUAUACUUUUUUCCAUAAAUAUACUUAACUAAGAACAAUAACUUCAUUGGGACAAUGGAUCUUCAAAUUCAAAGUAAACUAAUUAGGGUUUUGCUAUGUUGCAUCCCCAUAAUCUUCAAUACUUUCAAUGGCAAUGGUGUAGUCAUGGCUUCCCACAAGGUUAAUCCAAACUACCAGUCUGUAAGUGCUGUCAAAGUCAAGCAGGUUUAUAGAACCGCCUUCCAUUUCCAGCCCAAACAACAUUGGAUCAACGAUCCAAACGCACCAAUGUAUUACAAAGGACUUUACCAUUUCUUCUGUCAAUACAACCCCAAGGGUGCGGUGUGGGGCAACAUUGUGUGGGCGCACUCUGUAUCAACGGACAUGAUUAACUGGAUAUCGUUAAAACCCGCACUAGUACCAUCAAAAUGGUUUGAUAAGUAUGGUUGUUGGUCAGGAUCCGCCACAAUCCUCCCAGGUGAAAAACCUGUCAUUUUAUACACUGGGGUAAUAAAAGAGAAGCCAGAACCAGGCUACCAAGUUCAAAACUACGCGAUACCUGCCAAUUAUUCAGAUCCAUACCUCCAAGAAUGGGUCAAACCCGACAACAAUCCAAUCUUGAAGCCAGUUCAAGUGAACAUUUCGUCUUUCCGUGACCCUUCAACGGCUUGGUACAACAAUGGUCAUUGGAAAAUGUUGGUUGGUAGUAGACACUAUAGUCGAGGGAUUGCUUACCUGUACCGAAGCAAAGAUUUUGUUAGGUGGACCCGUGCUAGGCACCCGUUCAAUGAAAAGCUAGGUACGGGUAUGUGGGAAUGCCCAGACUUUUAUCCGUUAUCAUCUCAGGGUCAAAGAAACGGGUUAGACGCUUCAGCUAGUGGCACUAAAUAUGUUUUCAAGGUGAGCCUUGAUGAGACGAGAAAUGAAUGCUACAUGAUUGGAGAAUAUGAUUUGGUGCAAGACCGGUUUCACCCGGAUAAUACAUCCGGAUGGACCGCAGGGUUAAGAUAUGAUUAUGGAAACUUCUAUGCGUCCAAGACAUUCUUUGAUCCUAUCAAGAAGCGGAGAAUUUUGUGGGGUUGGGCUAAUGAGUCCAGCACAAAAGAUGAAGAUGUUGCCAAGGGAUGGGCAGGAAUUCAGUUGAUUCCACGUAUGGUUUGGCUGGAUCCUAGUGGAAAGCAGUUGCUACAAUGGCCAAUUCGGGAACUAGAAACCCUAAGGGGUAAGAAGAAGAAUCUAAAGAAUGUAAAACUCAACAAAGGAGAUAUCAUGGAAAUAAAAGGAAUUACUGCCGCUCAGGCGGAUGUAGAUGUUACAUUUACAUUUUCAAGUUUUAGUAAAGUUGAGCCAUAUGAUAAAAAGUGGGAAAAAUUUUCACCACAAGAUCUAUGUGGGAUCAAUGGUGCAACCGUACAAGGGGGACUUGGACCAUUCGGAAUUCUAGCAUUGGCCUCCAAGAAUCUUGAAGAAUACACUCCAGUUUUCUUUCGGAUUUUCAAGACUCAUGACAAGAAUUAUAAAGUUCUCAUGUGCUCUGAUGCUACUCCUUCCUCAACUAAUCCGAAUGAAUACAAGCCAUCAUUUGGAGGGUUUGUCGAUAUGGAUUUAACUAAUAAGACACUUUGCCUUAGGAGUUUAAUUGAUCAUUCAGUUGUGGAAAGCUUUGGAGAGGGAGGGAAAACAGUCAUCACAUCUAGGGUUUAUCCAGAACUCGCAGUGUAUGGUGAUGCACAUUUGCAUGUAUUUAACAAUGGUAGCGAGACCAUAACUGUUGAGAGACUUAAUGCUUGGUCCAUCAAUGCACCUAUUAUGAACUAAACCAAUUUGAUUGUAAAUUAAAUCAUAGAGAUACAAAUAAGUUUGAGAUGGUAUUAGUUUUUACUAAUGUCAUAUCUACUAUAUAUUUUUAUCAUAAAAAUGUAUUCUUGAUGGGAUUUCUAUUUGUAUUAUAAUUAUGCAUUGAAAAUUUGGAAUAAACUAUAUAUAGCUUUCCCUUC